GAAUUCGAACAAUAAUAAUUCUCCGAAUGAAGUAUGUACACACAUGGUGCCAGGAUGUGAAUUCCUCUGAACGCUCAGGGGAUCAACCGCAAACCACUACGAGAGACCCGCCCCAUCAUGCACCAAACAGCGGCAUUAACAGCCUUUUUCAAUGUGCACACUCAUCGCGAGGAGGAGGAAGAUGACUGGCCUGAGCUGGUGAGGGAAGCCGAUUCUCAGCAGAAAGCGGCAGGACAACUGUGAUAAGUUAAUUAAUAUUCAAUUGCCUAACACAAAUGCUAACCUUAACCUAAGCCCAGUACUCAGAAUUAUGAUCGUCAGGAGCUACUCAUGCGGCAUCAGCAUCCUUGUCCAUUCAAGCGACAGAAACAGGAUUCUUUGGCCGCUGCAGGCCAUUCGCUUGAACUCUGAUUCAAAGAAGCUUGUAUUCUUUUGUUCUACGCCGGCGUGCACACAGCCUGAUUCCAUUAUUGUUAUCAUUGGCUCUCAUGUCCAAGAGGCACAAUCGCACGUUGCAGGCCUUGGGUUUCUUUUAUUCCCAAAAAAAUGAAAAAUUCCAUAGUAUGAAGAACAAAUCCGCACUCUCCUUCAAAAAAGCAAAGCUCGGGAUCAAUAUGAUUGGCCCAAGAACCAUGAUAUGAUGCUUGACUUCCAUGUAUCAUGUCCUGCGUUUUUCUUUCUCGUUUCUUUUUUUUCUUUUUUCUUUUUUUUUACUUUUCUGCUAUCCCGCCAGUUUUGUGCGAGGUUACGUUGUGUGCAAUGAUUCGUCUUAUAUGGAUAAGAUGGAAAGUCUACUUGACUACUAAUCUGCCGCUCUUUUUGGAAAAACAGUAUGUCCUCAUGAUGGUGAGGGUAAAUUUACCCUUUCCGUUCGUGGAUGACUAUUAUUAUCCUCGGUUUUCUGUGGACAGGAACAGAAUAUAUCACAGCUAAUCAGAGGUUGGAGAGGGGAAUGCCUGUGCAGGGCUCUUCGCUCCGCAACGGUUUACAUGAUAACGUUGAUCAAGGGUUGUUGAUCACCAUUUAUUUUUGGAAUUUGCAAGUUUACUUUGUUUCAGGUGCGCCGUCGAUGUCACUCUUGUCACACAGGGGAGUGUUCCGUAUAUAAGAGACGGCCGGAAAGCCCCUCGACAUACUUCUCCCUUCAUUCGUCCUCUUUUUUAUUCCUCCCUUGUUCAUCCGGCAUACAGUGUUUCGUGGCGUAUCUGACAUUCCUUUUUAUCUUUCGAAAAGAAUACCACUCCUUUACAGCAACCAGUCCUUCAUUCGGAAUAUAACAUACGUAUAUACUCAUUUUUGAUUUUUGAAAGCACUUCGUUCAAUCCACUAUCACACCUUAAACCAUGAAGCUCUCCGUCCUCUCCGCCGCAUUUGCCCUUGCUGGCUCUGCUAUUGCCGCCCCAACUCCAAUUAUUCCAGGGCUCCCCAAACUUCCCGGUCUCGGGUCGUUGCCGUCUGUCCAGGGCAUUCCCGAUGCUUUGGUCGGCCAACUCGUCCCUUCAGUCACAAAGACCGUCAGCGCCGCUGGUUUGGGAUCGUUUUUGGGACCGCUCCAGGGGCUCCUGGGCGGAGAACUGGGAGGACUCCCGCUCCCACUCAAGGCCCGCCAGGACGUCGAGGCCGAGAUUAGCGGCAUGACCCCAGAGCAAGCUGCGCAAAUGAUCCAGUCCAUGAAUGAAAUCGCAUCCGCCCUCCAAGUUGACAAGGCCAUCGACGGCAAACUCCCCGAGGUUCCUAGCUUCUCGAAGGAGAAGCAGGAGCAGCUUUUGGGAGCCUUCAAGGCUCUCGUCACCCAGCUCGCCCCCUUGGCUAAGAACGGCCUGAAGGACAUUGCUCUCAAGCUUGACGCAAUUAAAGUCCCAGUUCAGGGUCUUACUGCUCGUGACCCUAUCAUUGGUGGUCUCCCGAUCGUUGGUGGCCUCCUCAAUGGCGGUGCCGGCGGCAUCCUCAGCGUUGUCGCUGGUCCCCUCAGUAUCUUGACCCAGGUUCUCGGGAUGGCUGGUGUCGCACCACUCCUCGGACCCGUCCUCUCCACCAUCAGUGGUCUUGGCUUGUAAAGGACUGAUCCCCUGUGCCCAACUUGAUAGCGACACUCGCAAGGUUUCGACUCAUUUCUGGCAGAGAAGUUCGUCCCACUAGCAAAGCUUUGAUUUCUGUACGAUCUGGCGCGCGGCGUAAUGGUUUCGACCAGAAGAAGGAAUACCCCAAAGAAACCCUCUUCAUUAUGCCACUAACCAUGUCCAUAUUCAAUUCUUUCUUUUCUUCUCGUAACUUGUUCCUAUUUCCCUCUCCCGGGAGGAGACUUAGCUAUCUAUUUUCAUGUAAAUUAAUUAUGGAACUGGCUUUGGCGGUUUAAUGAAAAACAGUUUGUUAGCUACAUAUUUUUGGUCUUCUUACUUGUCAUAUUUGACUCAUCCUCGGGAGUUUAUCUCGAACCAUCUUAAAUAUACGUUUGAUUUCCCCCCUGAAUUGAGGUUUGGUGCUUGGUAUCUUUAAUACAUCCCUCCUGCUAUUAUAUAUUAACGGAUGCUUUGUUUCUAAUAUACUCUGGGAUAGCCUGAAAGUUUAUCUGUAUGCGCACUUCUA